AUGUAUAGGCAAAUAUUAAUUGAUGAACAAGACCUCGACUACCAACGUAUCUUAUGGCGUUCAAAUGUAGACGAUCCCAUCAGUGAAUAUCAAUUGCUUACAGUCACAUACGGAACUCGCUCUGCUCCGUUCUUAGCACUGCGAGUUCUUAAGCAAUUGAUUGAAGAUGAGGGUCAUGCUUUUCCGCUAGCUUGUUUUGUACUUGAAAAUAAUAUCUACAUCGACGAUUUUAUGUUUGGAUCGGAUUCCUUACAUUCUGCGCGUAUAAUUCGUGAUGAGGUAAUAUUUUUGCUUCGAAAAGCGAAAUUCGAACCAAGGAAAUGGGCAAGCAACUGUUUUUCAUUGAUCUCAGAUAUAGAUCCUCAAGAUCAUGGCCUAGCAUGGACUGCUCAAUCACCGGAUGGUGAGGGAAUCAAAGUUUUAGGGUUGGAAUGGAAUCCAUCGACUGAUGAGUUUCAAUUCAAAGUUCAAUCAAUUUCUGUUGAAAAAAUAACAAAACGGUCAAUACUUUCGAUUAUAUCUAAAUUUUACGAUCCUGUUGGGUGGAUAUCCCCUGUGAUUAUCGUAGGAAAAAUUUUGAUGCAAAAGCUUUGGAGACUUAAUUGCUCAUGGGAUGACGAACUUCCGAAAGAAUUAAAUAUAAUUUGGUCCGAAUUUGUUUUAUCUUUACCAGAUUUGAGUGGCGUUAAAGUGCCGCGUUGGAUUCAACUUGCUCCCAAUAACACUGACGUUCAAAUGCAUGGCUUUUCCGAUGCUUCGGAAUUAGCUUAUGGUGCUGUUCUUUAUUUGCGUAUCACCACUUCAUCAGGUGAAGUGAUUGUAAAUUUACUUGCUAGUAAAACCAAAGUUGCACCCAUCAAGCAAUUAAGUCUACCCCGUCUUGAACUCCAAGCAGCCGUAUUGCUUGCUCAAUUGAUUGAAAGCGUUCGCGAAGCUAAAUCUUUAUUUUUUCAUUCGAUUCAUUGUUGGACGGAUUCCACAAUUGUUCUUGCCUGGCUUAAAAAACAUCCAUCUGACUGGAAGACGUUUGUGGCAAACCGAAUUUCUGAAAUACAGACUUUGCUACCAGAUUGUACAUGGCGUCAUAUUUCUUCAAAAAAUAACCCGGCUGAUAUUUCUUCACGCGGAGUAAGUCCAAGUGAAUUAAUAAAUUCUAAUCUUUGGUGGAAUGGGCCAAAAUUGUUAAUUCAAUCAGAAAAUGAAUGGCCAAUUUCAAAUUCGCACUCUGACCUUCAAACUGAUCUUGAAGCUAAGAUUCAUAUUCAUCUUGUAAAUGAGUCAAAUUCUAAAAUUUUAAUAAAUGAGCUAGCUUUGAGAUAUUCAUCAUGGACAAAAUUACUUCGAGCAAUUGUAAUUCUAAAGCGUUUUGUAAAGUGGUUAAAACUACGUUAUAUUGAUCACAACUCUGAAUCAAUAAAGUUUCCAAUAAUAGCGUCAGAACUAGAGUCGGCUCAAAAAUUUUGGUAUCGAUAUUUGCAAUCAGUGCAGUUCGCGUCAGAAAUCGAUACUCUAAAAAAAUCACUACCCAUACCGAAUAAAAGUAAAUUGAAAUCGUUGACACCUUUUAUCGAUCAUGAGGGACUUUUACGUGUAGGAGGUCGAUUAGAAAUCGCAGAAUUAUCGUACGAAACAAAACAUCCGAUUAUAUUAGAACCUCAUUACAUUGUUAAAUUAAUAAUAACCGAAAUUCAUAAGAAAAACUUCCAUUGCGGACUACAAUUUACAUUAAAUACACUUAGACAAUCUAUAUGGUUAAUACAUCCCCGACCAAUGAUCAAAUCUGUGAUUCAUCACUGCAUUGUGUGUAUUCGCGAUCGAGCUAAAAGAGCAACACAAUUAAUGGCAAAUUUACCGCAACAUAGAGUUGUAAGACCCGAACGUGCUUUUUCCGAUUGUGGUGUUGACUACGCGGGCCCUUUACAAGUUCGCAUGGCCGGCGGUCGCGGCAUUCGCAGUCAACCGUGCUACAUUUGCGUAUUCGUGUGUUGCGCUGUAAAGGCAGUACAUUUAGAAAUAGUAACAUCUCUGACGACUGAUGCCUUUAUUUCCGCUUUUCAGAGAUUCUGUUCUAUUCGGGGCCUUCCCGGUAGACUUUAUAGCGAUUGUGGGACAAAUUUUAAAGGAGCGAGUCAAGAACUUAAUUCUGCAUUUGAGAGGGCAAUAAAUUCAAUCGAGUUUCAGAACUUAAUCGCGAAUGAUCGUAUACAAUGGAAUUUCAAUCCACCCGCAGCUCCCCAUUUUGGAGGGCUGUGGGAGGCUGCGGUUAAAAGUAUGAAAAUUCGCCUCGUCAAAAUCUUUGGAAACCAUACCCCUACCUACGAAGAAUUAAUAACAUCAAUUUAUCAAAUUUCUGCAAUGUUAAAUUCACGACCGUUGACCCCUGUUACAGACGAUAUUAAUGAUCUGAAUGUAUUAACUCCAGGCCAUUUCCUCAUUGGAGAAUCUUUCUCUUCAAUUCCAGCACCGUCACUUGUUGAGUUAAAUUACAACAGAUUAUCACGUUGGCAACAAAUGCAGCAAUUAGCUGAAAUAUUUUGGAAUCGUUGGUCCAAUGAUUAUUUGCUGAAUUUGCAACAACGCGUAAAAUGGCAAAAUUUAGAAGAUUCAGUUAUUAAAGGUCAAAUGGUUUUACUUAGAAAACCCAAUUUGCUUCCAACGAAAUGGAUUCUGGGGCGAAUACAAAAAACACGAAAAAAUUCUGAUGGUUUAAUUCGAACUGUUAAUGUAAAAACAGCCACUUCUGAAUAUUGGCGACCAAUUACCGAAUUGGUACUCUUACCUUUUUAUACUUCCGAAAACGAAAAGAACAUCGAAUCUAAUUGCGAAAAUUAG